CGAAGUCCGAUCAUCGAAACCCGCGGGAUUCAAUGCCGGGGGAUUUCCGGAAUCCAAAACCGUCCGAAGUUUCUCGCCAAAACAUUUAUAGAACGCUCAUCUCGCCGUUGUUUGAUGCAAGAUAAGAAAACACCAGAAUUAGCAGACAGAUCAGAUCACCUUGACCAUCAUACCUAAAACCAUAAAACCGUACCCCAGCUACCCCUUUGUCCGGCUCCUCGGGACUCUGACACACACAGAAUUCAAGCAAACCCACCCUGAUCAUGGCUUCCUCCCUCAUUGGCCUCGUCAAGCAAGUCUUCCCAGGCAAGCCAAACUUCAAGCAAGAUGACCUCCCGGAUUUGACGAACAAGGUUAUCAUCGUUACUGGGUCCAACACGGGCGUCGGUAAGGAGCUCGCCCAGAUCCUCUACGCCAGGAACGCCCACGUCUACGUCAUGGCUCGCUCCGAGGACAAGUCGCAAAAGGCGAUGGACGACAUCAGAGCAGCCGUGCCGCAGUCCCAGGGCCGCCUGACCUUCCUCCGCCUCGACCUCGCGGACCUGCCCGCCGUCAAGGCCGCCGCCAACGAGUUCACGCGGCGGGAGCAGCGGCUGGACGUGCUCUUCCACAACGCUGGCGUCGCCUUCCCCGAGGCCGGGUCCCGGACCGCGCAGGGGACCGAGCUGGUGCUGGGCGUCAACGUGCUGGGGCCGUUCCUGCUGACGCGCCUGCUGACGCCCAUGGUCGAGGCGACGGCCGCGCUCCCGUCGUCGCCAAAGGGGUCCGUCCGCGUCGUCUGGGUCGCGUCCUCGGCCGCCGAGGCGGUCAGUCCCAAGGCGCUCAAGGGCGCGCUGGCCGGCUGGGAGGGGCUGUCCAAGCCGAACCAGUACUUCUACAGCAAGCUCUGCAACUACCUGCACGCGGCCGAGUUCGCCGCCCGCCACCGGGGCGAGCACAUCCUGUCGGCCUCGCUGAACCCGGGCAACCUCGACUCGGAGCUGUGGCGCACCCAGGGCCGCGUGACCCUCUUCCUCAUGCGCAAGACGAUCCUGUACCCAUCCGUGUAUGGGGCCUAUACGUGCUUGUUUGCGGGAUUCUCGCCCGAGAUCAACCUGGAGACCACCGGCAGUCAUGUUGCUCCAUGGGGAAGGCUGUGGCAAGGGCACAUUUCCAAGGAGAUGGCCGAUGCUGGCAAGCGCAAGUCCGAAGGUGGAAGCGGAAUUGCGAGUGAAUUCUGGGACUGGUCCGAGGAGCAGAUCAAGCAGUAUCUCUGAGAUUCUCUCGGGCUGUUGUCGUCUUGGAUGGAAUGGAAAGGUGUGGUUGAAAUAAGCAGGGGCGUUGCGGGUUCCUUUUAUAUGGUAGGAAAUGGUUUCUUGGGUAAUAAUAGGCAUAUUUUUGGAGUUAUUAUUUCUUUGGUUAAUUUGUAGGAAUUGAUAGAACAGGUACGGCUCCCG